GGUGCGUGGCGCGGCGGAGGGCCUCUCGCGGCGCCGCGGAAGCGGGACGGUCGGCCCGCCCGUUCCGGCUGCGGCGGCAUGGGCAAGAAGCGGGGCGCGGGGCUGGGCCGCUGCCUGCAGCGGCAGCGCGGCCUGGAGCGCCGCGGCACCUCCGCAUGGCUGCACGCCAGCGAGGUGGGCGGCGAGCGCGGCCCGGAGCUGCGGUCGGCGGCCGAGCAGAGCCCGCUGGAGGAGUUCCUGGCCACGGCUGAGCUGGCCGGCACCCGCUUCGUGGCCGAGCGCCUGAACAUCCAGAUCGUGUCUGCCCAGAGCCGCACCGGGCUGCUCACGGCCCAGGAGGCCCAGCGCGUCCAGCGGCUGCACCAGGAGAACCGGCACUUCCUGCGCAUCCCGCGGAGGCCCCAUUGGGAUAGGACAACCAGUGCAGAGGACUUGCAGCAAGCAGAGAGGGAGAGCUUUCUUGAAUGGAGGCGACAGCUUGCCCACCUUGAGGAAGAAAAAAAGUUAAUUCUAACCCCAUUUGAACGAAACUUGGAGUUUUGGCGUCAGCUUUGGAGAGUCAUUGAAAGAAGUGAUAUUGUAGUCCAGAUAGUGGAUGCCAGGAACCCUCUUCUGUUUAGAUGCCAAGAUCUGGAAAGUUACGUUAAGGAAGUCAGCAGUGACAAGGAGAACAUGAUCCUGAUAAACAAGGCAGAUUUGCUGAGUGAGGAGCAGCGGGCUGCUUGGGCUCGGUUCUUUGAGAAUGAGGGUGUUAAGGUGGUGUUCUGGUCUGCUUUGGCAGAGUGCAAACGACUGGCUGGAGAAGCAAAGGAACUGGAACCUGAAGAUGUAGCUGAGGACCCAAGUGGUUCUGAGGAUGAAAGCUUCAGUCAAGAAGAGGACAACACAGAACAAGAUAGUGCAGAAAGUGCAUCCACAGACAGUGCUUUGCAAACUGUAACCCAGGUUCUGCUUAGCGAUGAUGACAGUAGUGAUGAAUAUGAAGACUGUAAAGAUGAUGAAGAGGAAGCCUGGCAGACCUGUUCUGAAGAUGAAGGUUGGGACAAAGUAAAUGCCGUUGUUCCAGAGAGGACAGGAAGCAGGACUGAUGGUGCUGUGGUGCAGCAUGUAGCGCAGCAGCAGAACAGGAGCAUCAGGAACUUCAGCCAUCUGGUACAGAGAAAUGAGCUGCUGGAGAUAUUCAAAACAAUGCACAAUGGACCAAGGGUGAAGGAUGGGGAAGUAAAUGUUGGGCUGGUGGGUUACCCUAAUGUUGGCAAAAGUUCAACCAUCAACACAAUCCUUGGAAAUAAGAAGGUGUCGGUGUCUGCUACACCAGGCCGUACAAAACACUUUCAGACCCUGUAUGUGGAACCUGGCCUGUGCCUUUGUGAUUGUCCUGGUCUGGUGAUGCCAUCUUUCAUCUCUACCAAGGCAGAGAUGAUUUGUUCUGGAAUUCUGCCUAUCGACCAGAUGAGGGACCAUGUCCCACCCAUCUCUCUAGUUUGCCAGCAUAUCCCACGAAAUGUUUUGGAAGCAACUUAUGGAAUAAAUAUCAUAAGGCCAAGGGAAGAUGAGGAUCCAGAUCGAAAGCCAACAGCUGAAGAGCUGCUAACAGCAUACGGAUAUAUGAGAGGCUUUAUGACAGCCCAUGGACAGCCAGACCAGCCAAGAUCAGCUCGAUAUGUGUUAAAAGACUAUGUCAGUGGGAAGCUGUUAUAUUGCCAUCCACCUCCUGGCAUUGACCCAAAGGAUUUUCAGCACCAGCAUCAAAGAUGCCCAGAGAGCAGAACCAUGCAGGCUACUGCACAGGUGAAGCCUGAGAAGAAUACCAAAGCAAAACAAAUUGAAAAUGUGGUGGACAAAACAUUCUUCCACCAGGAGAAUGUUCGUGCCCUGGUGAAAGGGGUCCGGGCUGCCAUGGGAUACCGGCCCGGCAGCGGCCUCGUGCCUGUGACUGCACCCAAUCCUGGGAGUGUGGUAGGGAAGCCCUGGAAAAAACACGGAAACAGGAACAAGAAGGAGAAAAUUCGCAGGAUCACCAAGCACCUGGAGGCUUAACUGUGGCACCAGCAUCUGCCCUUCCUGGGGCAGGGACCGCACUUGCCUGCGGGGCUGAACUGAGGGGAAAAAAUGGAUAAGCAGGCAUUGCUAGUUCACCUGGGAGCUCUAUGCUACAGAGUGGCCUGAGCAGGGAGUGACCGUGGGCUCUGAUAGUUGGAGCUCAUCCCUUCUGAGAACAAAAGAGACCUGGCUGUUCGUGUUAACUGGAAGCCAGCCCAGAUGUUUGACUGCUGCUGAAACAUCCUUUCAAUGGGAGCAGAUGGAGCCGUACGGGAAUGUUUUUUCCUUCCACAAAGGAUGUGUUUUAUAGCUGGGAUCAAAGCAAGCCCUGUAAAACUGACUAAAAUCUUUAAACAGUUGAAUCUCAAUGAGUGAUGUUUGUUAUGUUUUGUUUUGAGACACUAUUGCUCAUAAUUUCUUUUUUUAUUAAGCUUGUUUGUUGAUUUGACAGAACAGUGUGUUGAAAAUGAGGUGCAAGGAUCUUUAUUGCCAUCUUCCUUCUCUGCUACACCAGCCCUGUUCUGUAGAACCUGGUACUGAAACCACUCCCAAUCUCCCAGUUUCGAGCAGAGCACAGCACACUGUGCAAGGAAAAUGCUGCUUUUAUGUCCUUCACACUGAGCUGGUAUCAGUUGUUUUUCUGUGUGACUUACAUCGGUAUUUUAAAACAUCAGCUCUGUGUGACUGGCCAAAAAUCUGGUGCUAUUUUGUCCUUAAAUAUAUUUGAGAUUUUACUUCCUA